AUGCAUGUUACCAAACGCAGCUUCAUGCGGUUAGGAAAACUGAUCCACGCUCAAACAACGAGGCACGAUUGUAAAAGGACAAAUAAGAUGUCACAUUCUUGUAUUCACUGGUUCCGAAAGGGGCUCAGGCUACGCGACAACCCGGCUCUGAUCGCUGCCUUGAGGGACUGCAAAGAGCUAUACCCUGUGUUUGUGCUGGACCCUCUCAUUCACAACAAAACAAUUGGUCUGAACCGCUGGAGGUUUCUAAUUGGAUCCCUCAUUGACUUAGACUGCAGUCUUAAAAAACUAAACUCAAGACUGUUUGUUGUUAGGGGCAAACCUGAGGAUGCGUUGCCCCCACUCUUUAAGAAAUGGAAAGUAACAAAGUUGACAUACGAGUAUGACACUGAGCCUUACAGUUUAAGGCGGGACGAGACUGUCACCAAAUUGGCAAAGGAGCAUAAUGUUGAAGUUGUUUAUAAAGUCUCACACACCCUCUUUGAUAUCAACAGAAUAAUACAGUCAAACGAUGGGAAGCCUCCUCUUACCUAUAAUCGAAUGCAGGCCAUUGUAAGCAGCCUUAGUCCACCCAAAAAGCCAAUUCCUGCUCCUACAGUGGAUGAUAUGAAAAAUACAAGUAGCCCAUUAUCAAAAGAUGAUGAGGAAAAGUAUGGCAUUCCUACAUUAGAUGAGCUGGGUCAUGACAUCACAUCCAUCUCUGAGGAGCUGUUUCCAGGAGGAGAAGAAGAGGCUUUGAGGAGGCUCGAUGAACACAUGAAAAAAACUCAAUGGGUGUGUAACUUUGAAAAACCCCAGACCUCUCCAAACUCUCUGAUGCCGAGCACCACUGUCCUCAGUCCGUAUGUUGCAUUUGGCUGCUUGUCUGCUCGCACUUUCUGGUGGAGGUUGACAGAAGUCUAUAAAGGGAAGAAGCACUCCUCUCCUCCGGUGUCUCUUCAUGGACAGCUGCUUUGGAGGGAGUUCUUCUACACAGCUAGUUUAGGCAUCCCCAACUUCAACCAGAUGAAAGACAACACUGUAUGUACACAAGUGGACUGGGACACUAAUCCUCAAUUCCUGAAGGCCUGGCGAGAGGGUCAAACUGGUUUUCCUUUCAUUGAUGCCAUUAUGACUCAGUUGCGGACCGAGGGAUGGAUUCACCACUUGGCCAGACAUGCGGUUGCCUGCUUUCUCACCCGAGGGGACCUUUGGAUCAGCUGGGAGGAAGGACAAAAGGUUUUUGAAGAGCUUUUGUUAGACGGAGACUGGGCUUUGAAUGCUGGGAACUGGCAGUGGCUUUCAGCAAACAAAAAUGGAGACUAUAUCAAGAAGUAUCUGCCUUUACUGAAAAAGUUUCCACCUCAGUACAUCUAUGAGCCAUGGAAAGCUCCUAGCAGUGUCCAGAAGGCAGCAGGAUGCAUUAUUGGCAAAGAUUAUCCAAAGCCUAUUGUAGAACAUGAAGUCGUCCGUAAGAAAAACAUUCAGAGGAUGAAAUUAGCCUACGCAAAGAGAUCAGAAGAUAAGCCCGAGACACCCAGCAAAAAACAAGGUGUGAAGCGCAAAUAUCCAUCUGUUGUGGACAUGCUGUGCAAAAAAGCAAAGCUGAAGUAA